AAAAGAAAAGCAAAGAGUACACAAGGUUAAUGGCAGCAAUAGCUCCGGCAAUGGCUUCACCUUGGAAAAAAAGACAUGGUUAACCACAAAACCAUUAGCCAGAAGUACUUUAUAUGAUACACAAAAUUAUAAAAAUACACAGUAAAUAGCUUUGUCAGGACAAAAAACAAAACACAUGACUGAAUCAGUUGUACAUUUUGUAAGAAAGAAAAAUAAAAGUGGUAACACAAAGUUAAUGACAUCAAUAGGAAAAUACACAUAUGAACACAGAAGCACAGUCAGAACUACUUUCUUUGGAAAAGACAAAGAUUAUAGAAAGUUAAUGAGAAAACACAGUUAAAAAUGAAGCUGAUUACUUUCUUUGGUAAAAAAACCCCAAAACAGAAUACACAUAGUUAAUGGUAAGAAUAGCUCUCUGUCAAUGACUUCAUUCAGGAUUAAAUACGGCAAUCAAAAAAUAUUCUCAGUUAGUAAUAAAAACAUCAAAGAUUUGGAUAAAACAGUCAGUGGACAAGUCUGCAUUCAUUCAUACUUUUGAUCAUGUUUUACCUCAAUUGUAAGUUGUUAAAGUGGUGUUUUUGAAAAAGGAAUGAACACUGAACCAGUUUACAUGUUUAGCUGUUUUCUGCUUUCAUGGCCUUAGGAUGAGUAGAAAUAAACAUUUUGACCUGAGCUGAUUAAUAAGGUUAGUAUUCCUUUAUAAUCAACACUAGUCUGUAAAGUAGGGCUCGGAAGAAUAAAGAUGGUUAAAUGGUGAGACAGGAGUUUAAUGUUUCAAGAAUCCAAAGUGAAAGAGAUCAAUAAAAUAGUGGGCACCAAGCUAAGCAUGGUUUAUUUCUUUGGUUUGUAGGUUAUUAAAUAGACUUUUUCAAGGAAUGCACGAUGUUUUUAUUAAUAGAAAUGCAUUUAGGUUUGGCUGCCGUAUAAAAUAUCAGGAUUUUGAUAUGAUGGGCAUGAUUGUACCCAUCAUGACUUGUUUUGUUACUUUGAACACGACGCUUACUAUCAUAAAAACAAGCUGUUAUAGUUGGUGCGUAGGCUAUAAAUUGCCCACCAGCCCCCCGCAAGACGAGCUUGUAAUUGGGGGGGGAAACAUUCACCACAACCGGCGCUGCUCAGGGGUUUCCCGUAAGAUAACCUCGGUGGACGGUAAUGAACCCAGAACAAUGAAGGAACAGAGUGUGGUGUCCCGGGUGUUCAGCCAUGCAAGCUCAGACUAAAGGAUGACGAGACGGGUCCCGCCUCUCUGGCGUCCAAAAUAGAAACUGUGAAAGCAGAAACCAGCCAACCACGGAGGCUCUCAAACACCGACACUGUGGAGCAUCACUCCUGUUGUGGGACACCGGUCAUGUGUUGGUUGUUAGGGAAAUGGAGCAGCUUAUGGGGCUAAGAGUGAGAGGAAACAGGAGCGUUUACUGGUUUGGUGGAUUUGUUUUUUAUAGUCGCAUUAUUCAGACGUUUCGGAUGUAGCCCAGCAAAAUGAGUGACGGGGGGAGCAAAAUAAAGUUAAAUAUCUCCGAAAGAGCAGCGCAUUGCUGUCUGCUGCGAUCGGACUGUGGUCAUGCAUAGUUCAGCUGGAUCUUCGUCAGGACACCUACAGAGAGUUGUUUGCAGGUUCUUAGUUGAGCUUCAUCUGGAUUCAGGUUUAUUUGCACUGUUUUCAUCUCAUGCAACCCUUACCAACCAUGGCAAGGUUGCGGAGGAAGGCUUGCGUUGCCCUGUUCCUUUUCACCCUCUUCAUCUUUGGGACUUUGAUGGGACUGAGGACCCUGAAGCCUACUGACGGAUUCUCGGAUUUGGCCCCUGGCUUGGAGCUCCUGCCGAUAUUAGGAGGGAGGAUGUCCCGGGAAGCCACUGCGUCCCCAGUUCAAUCACACCAUCACGGGGGCAACACAAAAACAGCCCUGUCCAACUCCGGUCCCAAAGGGACCAUAUUCUAUGACGUUCACAUCUUUUAUUACACUUGGUACGGCAGCCCGCACAUGGACGGGAAAUACAUCCACUGGGACCACAUCCUGGUUCCACACUGGGACCCCAAGGUCGCAUCCAGCUACCCGAGAGGAAGACACAUGCCGCCCGAGGACAUCGCCUCCAGUUUCUACCCGGAGCUCAAUCCGUAUAGCUCCCGGGAUCCGGACGUGUUGGAGUCCCACAUGGAGCAGAUCGGAGCCUCUGCGGCAGGGGUUCUGGUGCUGUCUUGGUAUCCUCCUGGACUUGCUGACGACAACGGGGAACCCGCUGAGGAUUUGGUGCCAGCUGUACUGGAUGCUGCAUACAGACACAACCUGAAGGUUGCAUUUCACAUCCAGCCCUACAGAGGGAGAAAUGACCAGACUUUGCACGAAAACAUCAAGUACAUCAUUGACAGGUACGGUGACCACGGGGCCUUCUACAAGUUCACUUCCAGCACAGGGAAGAACCUUCCUCUGUUCUACAUCUAUGACUCCUAUCUGACUCCACCAGAGUCUUGGUCUGAAUUUUUGACUCCCUUUGGCUCCCACAGUGUGCGUGGUUCAGCCUAUGACUCUAUGUUCAUUGCUCUGAUCGUUGAGGAACGUCACAAGCAUGACAUCCUCGCUGGUGGCUUUGACGGCAUGUACACUUACUUCGCCUCCAAUGGCUUCUCCUUCGGCUCCUCUCACCACAACUGGAAGGCAAUAAAAGCCUUCUGCGACGGGAACAACCUCCUUUUCAUCCCCAGCGUUGGACCCGGUUACACCGACACCAGCAUUCGACCGUGGAACAACCACAACACGCGGAACAGGGUGAAUGGCCGUUACUACGAGACGGCCCUGCAGGCAGCACUCAACGUGAGGCCAGAGGUUGUCACCAUCACGUCUUUUAACGAAUGGCACGAAGGGACUCAGAUAGAGAGGGCCAUGCCUAAGAAAACUGUAACCCGUGUGUACUUGGACUAUCAGCCACACGGACCUGAGCACUACCUGGAACUCACCCGCAGCUGGGCCGAGCAGUUCAAAAAAGAGAAGCAGCAGUGGCUGAUGUGAACUUUGAGUCAAACUAACUUUAAACAGCAUGCUCUACGGAGUCUGAGUGAUAAAAUGGCAGCAAAUGCUCAUUCUUGUGACUAAAACACAAUUUUGAGGGUCUUUGGUUAGAGCAAUUUUACCAGAUUUUUCACAGCCUCUGAAGUGCUCUGUGGGUCUGUCUGAUCUGCUCUUACACCUGUUAAUCAAAAACAAAAUGUCUAUCUCAACAGUAAAAAGAUAACUCCAACAA